GCAGUCUCCCUCGCUUUCCGGAAAAGGGUGAUGUUUUGGUUUUGAAGGCAUCGCGCACACAUGCAUGGCUACAUUGACUGCCACUGUCAUAUCUCUGCGAGGGAUUUUGACACGGUACUGUGAUGCUUAAACAACCCAGGCAAAUAUUAUACAUCUGAAAUAUAUAGUUUACUUCUAACCUUUAUUAUUAUUUUUUUAUUUUAGGACAUAGAGGAGGUGGUUGAAAACUCAAAAAAGGUGAGCAGUUUUUGCACUGAUACAGUCUUCUAGUGUCAGGAACUAAUUUCUCUGUGUUAUUGUUUAAAGGCUGGAUUAUUGGCGCUUUUAGCAGUGGCUGAACAUGCUGGAGAAUUUGAAAAGAUUGUGGAGUUAUCACGGAGGUAACUGCACCGAUUAAAAAAUGACUAAACUUCAAUAUAAGAUGGUGUUUGUGUUACUGUACAUUUAGGGAUGUGUUGAUUGUUUCUCCAGGUUUCCAGGUUUUAUCCUCCCCUGCUUAGGUGUUCACCCUGUCCAAGAGGUUUCUCCAGAGCAGCAGAGGGGGGCAACUCUGCAGGUAAACCCACAGUUCAAAGGGUCAACUCAUUCACCUGAAUUACAGUACAAACUAGAAACCUCUCUGUGUACUUUACUUGAACUCUGUGUAUUUGCCAGAUUGCUGAAUUUUUUAAUGCCAGACUUUCCUGGAUGACAGAUCUCCCCCCUCCAUAUCCUUGAGGCCAACUUUAUACUUAAAUCAGUUAUUGGACAGAGGGCAUUGCCUGCAAUUUAACAGAUCCAAGGCAAAAGCCAUGUUAGUCAGAUCUCCACACCAGGUCCACUCACCCCGCAUAAUGGGUAGGGUAGUGUUCAGACCAAACACAAUCAUUUUUAAUUAGUUACAUCAAUUGUGGUAUCUGUGAGCUACAACAUGAGGUCAAAAACCUAGCAUUAAAGUCCACCAUUUUAGUUUAGAGGACUAAUAAAGUCAAAAUAGUAGUUCUGGGGUAAGUUGAUCCAGUGGCUCAACUGAGAAAGUAAAGGAGUCUGAUGAGAGGAUCAGAGUUUCAGUUCAGAUUGUUGAAAUGUUUGACUAUUUCUUUUCAAAUAUACAGCUGUGAAUGUUCUGAAUCACUUAAAGACAUUAUCAUGUUAAAAUAGAAUAGAAUAGAAAUAGAAUAUUCCUUUAUUGAUCCCCCAUGGGGGAAAUUUUUUUGUCACAGCAGCAUCACAGACAAGACAAAAAGUGCAAAAAUGCAGUUAUAACAAUAAGGGUCCUAAUAUUAAGAACUUAAAUAAAUGUAAUAAUUAAGAAAAAAAUUAGAAAAGGGAGAAGACAAAAUAAAGCUUUCUACAAUAUACACAAUUUAAAUGCCAUAAAAAAAAGUGGUGGUGUAAAAUCAGUUUUGUUACUGUUCAUUGUAAAGUCUUAUUGCAGAGGGGAGGAAUGAUCUGCGGUGGCGCUCCGUCCUCAGGGUGGGAGUCUCAGUCUGCUGCUGAAGGAGCUGCCUAAAGCCCCCACAGUCUGGUGCAAUGGGUGAGAGGGAUGAGAGAGAGAGUGGGUGAGAGAGAGAGAGAGAGAGAGAAAUGGCUUUUUACAAAACAGCUUUUUAGCAGUUAUAUGCAAUAAUAAUAAAAAUAAUUAUUGUACCAGUUGAAUAGUGUAUAAUAGAUAAAAAUACACAUGAAUGUGAAGAAGUGACUGUUAUUAAGGGAUAGAGAAGGUGAGAGAGGGCUGGGGAGGAGAGUGGGGGGAUAGUAGGGAUAUGGCUCAACUUACCCCACUCCUAUGACCCCCAUAUACGGAGUGAGUUGACCUUAGGAGACCACUUUUUUUUUGGCAUGCUAUAUUAUCAAGACAGUUAUGUUUCCACUCAUUCUGUUGGUUUGCAGUGAUGCACAACAUCUUGAAAUAUAUGCAGAUACACGAGUUAGAGACAAAACUAUGAUUGUCUUGAUGUAGUGAUCCGAAAUAUGAAAAAUGGCUCAUCUUACCCCACUCUCCCCUAUAUUCCACUUGUGUGAUAUCCAAUCUUUUUCCUCGCAAACUCACUUUUAUAUUUGUCAACUCUGCGUUUGUGUUGUCAUAAAGCCUAAGAGUGAGUUAAACAGGUAUUGACACUUUAGAGGGUGUGGUCGUGACAUCCAGUUCAGGAGAUUAUUAUAGGUGUGACUUGCAGGUAUAGAUCACAGGGCUCCAUAGCUCAGUGGUUAGAGCACUGGUCUUGUAAACCAGGGGUCGCGAGUUCAAAUCUCGCUGGGGCCUGUAUUUGUUUUCAAAAUUGUGAUCAGGAAGGUUAAAAGUCAUUGUUACGUUACCAGGUGGCUGCACAUCCAUGAACACAUUCAAACGUCCCAUCAAACCUGAAAUACUUGAUCAUGUCCGGCUGGUAGGAGGCUAUAAUCACAGUGUGCGAGGAUAAAGUCAGCUGCCAAUAUUAGUAUUUGUUCGUUUUAGAUACAUACACCAUCACAAACAAAGACCUGAUGAUUUUGUGAGUGUAAAGUGAACUCUGUUUCUCCUUUAUUUGCACAAAUCGAUCUUCAUGUUGUAUAGCAACAGGAAUCUCUGCAGCAUCAUGAUGACAUCAGUGCAGCUAGAUACCGGCCUGAAAUGUUUCUAAUUUUCCUCCCCUGGAGUGUUUUUUGCUCCAGUUUUUUCGUCCCUCAGGGUCUGAGCGUCACAAAUCUGUCAGUUAAUGCUCUUUCAUGUGAAGUGAAAGACCAAAGUUUUUGUGCCAAAAUCAAUGAUGAAGGAAAACUGUCAUAGGUGAUGCUGCAACUUAGCAAUCUAUGCUGUUGUGUUCUAUGUUUCAUGCAGGAUCUCGAAGCUGCUCUGCCCGUAAUAGAAAAAUACAAAGACCACCUUGUUGCCAUUGGAGAGGUAAUUGUUCACAAUAUCAGAUUUGACUAAAAUAAUCAGUAGCUUGCUUUCCUUGGUUUCUUUCUCUUCUUUGUAAACAGUUGAAUCUUCCAUCUGUCCUUUUAGGUUGGUUUGGAUUUUACGCCCAGAUAUGUCAGCAGUGACUCUGACAAAGAGAGCCAGAGGCAGGUCCUCAUUCGACAGGCACAGAUAGCUAAAGAGCUGGAUCUCCCUCUGUGAGUCAUACUGCACUGCCCAACAUAUACAUUAAAGGGGGGUGUAUGUUUAUUUUUGGCUUUAUGUCAUCCCUCUGACUGAUUCUUUCCAUGAUUUAUGGUUCACCAAAUUCUGAACACAUUAAGGCUGCUGUCUUUGAAAACCCUAAUUUCAGCUUCUGUCUGAGACACCUAUUAAAAGACACUGACCCCACAAGCAUUCUGGAAGCUUCCUUCACUGUUGCUGUGAAACAAAGUUGAGUUUCUUAUGAUAAAAUGAUUAAUUUGCCCUUUCAGGGAGAUUUACAAUCUGGUGAAUCAAGAUUUGAGGAAAUUUCAUAUUGAUCUUUCGAAACUCCUGUAUGACUUUUUGAACAAUCUAUUUAGAGCAACCUGCAGUCUCAUCUGGGGAUUACUUUAACGCACAUUAACCUCGCAACAUUUUAACAUUUGUUCUCAUGAUAGAAGUAAGGAUGAUACCACUUCUUUUAAGGAUAUUACAGUGGGAGUUACACACAUACCACAAAGAAUGAUUUACUGAUAUUCAUGUGAGUAACUUGUUUGUGUUUUUUUAGAAAUGUCCAUUCACGCUCUGCAGGGAGACCCACCAUCCACCUCCUGAAAGAGCAAGGUAAGGUCUAGAUUUUGGAUUUACUUGGAGAUGGAACUGUUGAAUUCAAGGGAAACCGCAAUGCCUUUUAACUGCCACUAGGUGUCGAGAAAGCCUUGCUUCAUGCUUUUGAUGGGAAACCGUCUGUUGCCAUGGAAGGAGUGAAGGCUGGGUAUUUCUUUUCUAUCCCGCCAUCCAUAAUACGGAGCGAACAGGUACAACAGAGCGCCAGUUCUCAGAAAUGAACUCUAUGCUGUAACCCAUUUACUGUACAUGAUGUCAUUUGAAAUUUCUGUUUAGUGAUGAUUUUAGACACAGAUAAUUUCCUUAGAGUUCUGUGCAGCAUGAUUCAUACCUUCUUUUUUUACUUCGGAAAAAAGUCAGACUUCCCAUCUCUCUCAGUUUCAAGCCAGUUCUUUACUGUGGGUGGAUCCGUCUGUAACCAUUCACAAGUGCUUACUUUUUUUGCUGUAAAGGUAAAUAUUUUGAAGAGAAAUUUGGCAUUACCUCCAUCUCACCUGGCAGGCCACCCAAAUAAAGAGACACAUGCGUUAGCGCUGACAUGUUUAUUUGGUUUUCAUUGGUUUAAUGCAGCACAUGGCAUGUUAAUGAUUGAUGAUGUUUUUGUGUACUUUCCACCAAGAAGCAGAAGCUUGUGAAACAGCUGCCAUUAGAAAACAUCUGUCUAGAAACUGAUUCACCUGCUCUUGGGCCUGAAAAACAGGUAAGGAACUUCCUCCAACCUGAUCUUUUAGGGAUAUUUCCACACUCUUAUACUGACAAACCAGUCCACUUCAUGCCUUUCUCUUUAUAGUUUCAUUAAAAACAAAGUUGAGUCAUUUGCAAAUCAUUUAAACCCUAUAUCGAAAUAAAGUUGCACCCAGAUAAGAACUGAGUGUAUAAAUGAACAUGAUUUUCCAAGAGGUUGACAUUCCUGUAUUUUAAAUCCUGUUUUUGGAUUGGUGUUUUGUAAACGUCUAAUGUUUUGAGACAGAGCUGUAACCUGCGAUUAUCAAAGUAACACAAGCAGCAAAUUGUGUCAUGACCUCGAUAAUGUAGUUUUUCUAUAUUUGUCUCAAAGUCAUACAAGUGAGAUUUGUUGUGAUAUCCUUCUUGUUUUGUGUCUUGAAUGCAGGUGAGAAAUGAGCCCAAAAACAUCAGCAUCUCUGCCGAGUACAUCAGUAAAAUUAAAGGAGUGUCACUGCAGACGGUGAUGGAGGUGACUACACAAAACGCUCUAUGUCUCUUCCCGAAGCUUAAGUCUGCCAUCAGACCCUGAGGACAACUGAAAGACUCUGUCAUCAGACUGGAAUAUCUUAAUGUUUUGUGUAAAAGUAACUUAACUUAGUAGUCUCAUUUAACCAAAAUGCCACGAAGUGUAAAGAAAUAAAAAUGGAAAUGUCAAAGCUGCAGAUUUUAAGCUGCAUGUGGACAUUACAACUAUGUGUGAGAGCUGAAUGCUGUUGAUUUAUGUCCAUGAAUUCUAAAAUAAAGGAAGAGACGAUAACAAUGUACCACA